AUGAGCACGACUGCGAUCGGCAAACGGGUCACAAUUGUAGAAGACCUCCAGAAGUCAUUCGCUUACACGGCCGUCAGGGGCGAGUUCAAGCGCGAGUUCUCUUUGUGGACCACGUUCUGCGUGUCUUUCGCUGUCCUUGGUCUUCUGCCUUCUUUCGCUUCCACAUUGUACUAUGGCAUGGGCUACGCUGGCACUCCCGGCAUGGUCUGGGGCUGGAUCGUUGCCAUGGUCUUCAUUCAGUGUAUCGCAAUGGGCAUGGCUGAGCUAUGUUCGUCAAUGCCAACCUCUGGUGGCCUGUACUAUGCCUCGGCCGUCCUUGCACCACCGAAAUGGGGGCCUUUCGCGGCUUGGAUCACCGGCUGGUCCAAUUGGCUCGGGCAACUCACGGCUGCACCGUCUGUGAACUACGCCUUAGCAGCCAUGAUCCUCGCGGCCGCUUCGAUCACCAAUCCCGACUACGUCCCGGAGAAUUACCAGGUCUUCCUGCUCACCAUGCUGCUUAUGUUCGUCCAUGCGAUCAUCUCGUCUAUGCCCACCCGCUGGGUCGCCCAGUUCAACUCGGCGGGGAGCACAUUCAACAUGCUCGCGCUCUUUAUUGUCAUCAUUGUCAUUCUCGCCGCCGACAACCGAAAAGACCAGAACCCGGACCAGCCAAAGUUCAAUGACUCGGCUUCCGUGUGGGGCGAGUUCUAUGUCGGGACAGACUACCCGUCAGGCGUUGCUGUUCUGAUGUCCUUCAUCGGUGUGAUCUGGACGAUGAGCGGGUACGACUCGCCUUUCCAUCUGGCGGAGGAGUGCUCCAACGCCAAUAUUGCAUCCCCACGAGCCAUCGUCCUGACUUCAGCCGUAGGUGGCGUUGUCGGCUGGGUGCUGCAGAUGGUGGUGGCGUACACAAUCGUGGACAUCGACGCCGCCUUGGAGUCAGACCUGGGACAGCCAUGGGCAGCCUACCUCCUGCAGUGCCUCAACGAGAAGGCGGCACUGGCCUGCCUUUCCCUGACGAUCAUCGCGGGCUUCAGCAUGGGCCAGGGGUGCAUGGUCGCCGCCAGCCGCGUCACGUUCGCCUACGCCCGCGACGGCUGCUUCCCGCUGUCGCGGUACUGGUCGCGGGUCAACAAGACGACCCGCACGCCCGUCAACGCGGUGUGGUUCAACGCCGUGCUCGGCUCGCUGCUCGUGCUGCUGCUCUUCGCCGGCGACGUGGCCAUCGGCGCCAUCUUCUCGAUCGGCGCCAUCGGCGCCUUCGUGGCUUUCACCAUUCCCAUCACCAUCCGCACCUUCUUCGUAGGCAAGCGCUUCCGCCCGGGUCCUUGGCACCUAGGGCGGUGGAGCCCCGUCGUCGGUACCAUCAGCACGAUGUUCACCGUGCUGAUGAUCCCCAUCCUGUGUCUGCCCAGCGUCACGGGCAGCGACCUGGACGCGGCGGGCAUGAACUGGACGGUGCUGGUGUGGGGCGGGCCGAUGCUGUUUGCCAUCAUCUGGUUCGCGGUAGAUGCGCACAAGUGGUUCAAGGGGCCCAAGAUCAAUGUCGAGCACUUGAUGCUGGGGCGCGAGCGGCCGGGCGAUGUCAUUGAGGACUCAUUGCGAUUGACAAAUAUCGGUGCGCUUCUCGCCUACCUGCUUAGAACCUUCAGCUUCUCGGCUCCUCGGAGGAAAGACAGCGCGGAAGAGAAAGCAAAGAAGCUCAAUCAACAAGGGCUGGACGAGCAUGAGCAACAAGUCAAGGUCAGAGAGCACCAGGUCAAGAGGCCGUGGCAUCGCGAGGAUGCAGACAAGCCACCGGUGGAGGAAGAAGGCAAAAGGAAGAAGGAGCCUUUGACCAGGGGGAAGCUCUUGACCACGCCGACGCGACUUCUCAAGCUCAUACUUCCCCUGCCGAUUGCCGUCGAGAAAGAUCGCGAGAACAAUAGCAAGGGAGAAUAUGGCAGGGCAAUUUCCAACAAUGACGACAUCCAGCCCCUUGCGCUCCUCAUCCACCCGCAACAGCCCCUGUCGUACGUCGAACGUCUCAUACAAGCUGAACUACCUCCGGUGAUCGAAGAUGGGAAAGAGAAGAUCCCCAACGUCUACUUCCGCGCCGAAGACUCCGAGACGUCAGACAACAAACCCCGGAAGAAGGGCGAGGAGCCCUCGCCGAGCAGCAACCCGCACGUGGCGUCAUACUCGGGCCUGGGCCACGAGGCCGAGGAGGACAGCGACAAGACCAAGAACUGGGUGCGGUGGAGCAGCAGCACGGAAAUGGGCGACUUCAUCCGGGACGCGGCGCGGGGUCGGGAGUUUGCGAUCGAGGUGGAGGGAUACAACAUCGAGAUGCGGGUCGGCGUGCCGUCGUUCAACGACCGCACGUACUACAUGCGCCUGCGGCUGCGGCGCAUGUCGCGCGAGAUCGAGGACCUCGCGCGCAUCAAGCAAGAGUGCGAUGAGCUGGCGCACCGAGCGGCGCACCGCAUUGCCAAGGGCGGGUUUGGGCUGCUGGCCGGCUGGUGGGGCAUCGUGUACUAUGUUACUUUCCACACGGAGUUCGGAUGGGACUUAGUUGAGCCGGUGACGUAUCUCGUUGGGCUGACGACUAUCAUGGGCGGUUAUCUGUGGUUCCUAUACAUCAGCCGCGAUCUGAGCUACAAGGCGGCCAUGAACGUCACGGUCAGCCGGCGGCAAAACGCGUUGUACGAAGCCAAGGGGCUCAACCUGCACAAGUGGGAGCAGCUGUUGCAGGAGGCCAACGCGCUGCGUCGAGAGAUUAAGACGGUGGCGGGCGAGUAUGAUGUCGACUGGGACGAGAUGAAGGAUCUCGGUGGAGAGGAUGUCAAGAAGGUCUUGGAGAAGGAGAAGGCUAAGGGCAGGAAGGGCAAGACGACUGAGGAAGCAGAUGAAGAAGCUGAAGAGGAGGAAGAAAAGGCUGAGCAAGAGGCGGAGGAAAAUGAGAAGGAAGACAAGAAAGAAAAGGAUUGA